GAUUUCUGAGAUUGCAAUGGAAGUUGCAGAACGUGGCAGUGUGUCUGGGAUGACUCCACAGGCUCACUUGAUAGAGCAAUGUGACUGCCCAACGGGUUAUUCCGGUUUGUCUUGUGAGUUAUGCUCUCCAGGAUUUUACAGGCUUCCAUCUCCACCUGUGGGAAGGACACCUGCUCAGUCCUUAGGCACUUGUGUUGUAUGUCAGUGUCAUGGACACAGUACUAUGUGUGACUCUGAAACAUCAAUUUGUCAGAAUUGUCAACACAAUACAGCUGGUCACCACUGUGAGAGAUGUGCACCAGGAUUUUACGGCAUUGUCCAAGGCUCUCCAGAUGACUGUCAGCCUUGUGCUUGUCCCCUAUCCAUUUCUAGUAACAAUUUUAGCCCUACUUGUGUUGCUGAAGGACCUAGCGAUUACCGGUGCACUGCAUGCCCAUCUGGAUACGAAGGCCAAUACUGUGAAAGGUGUUCUUCUGGCUACACGGGAAACCCACAAAUUCCAGGAGGCUCCUGCCAGCCAUGUGAGUGUGAUCCAUACGGUUCCCUGCCUGUCCCCUGUGAUCCUGUCACUGGACAGUGCACUUGCAAGCCUGGAUUCACAGGGUGGAAGUGUGGUGGCUGUGAACAUCGGCAUGCACGUGAUGGCAUGAAAUGCAUUUCUUGUGAUGAUGAAUGCACAGGACUCCUUCUCAAUGACCUGGAUCGGCUAAACCAGAUGAUCCUGAGUGUUAACCUUAGUGGUCCACUGCCUGCUCCAUAUAAAAUGUUACAUGGUUUUGAGAACAUGACACAGGAAUUAAAGCAUUUGCUUUCACCUCAGCGAGCACCAGAGAGAUUUCUUCAGCUAGCACAAGAAAAUCUGGAUACCCUGGUGACAGAAAUGGAUGAACUACUGACAAGAGCUACUAAGGUGACAGCAGAUGGUGAGCAGACCAGGCAGGAUGCUGAGAGGACUAAUGACAGAGCGAAGUCUCUUGGACAGUUCGUCAAAGGCAUUCUCCAAGCUGCUGAAGCUGCAAAUGAAGAUGCCAUAAAACUGAAUGAGACACUCAGAACUCAAGACAAGACCUUGGAGAAGAGUCUUCCAGAACUGCAGAAUGAGGCUGAAAGAAUGAUUGUAGAGAUGAGAAAUAGAGAGCUGCAUAUGCAAGAAAGAAUAGCUCAAGAUGAAUUAACGAAGGCAGAAGAUCUUUUGGACAAGGUGAAGAAAUUAUUUGGUGAGCCCAGUGAGAAGAAUGAGGAUCUCAAAAAUGAGGUCCGGAACAAGCUAGCAAACUACCACACCAAAGUUGAUGAUGCUCGAGAUCUGCUAAAAGAAGCUACAGGGAAAAUUUGGGAGGCUGAUCGUUUAUCUGCAGUCAACCAAAAAAAUCUGACCCUGUUAGAGAAAAAGAAGAAAACUGUAGAAGAUGGGAGACAAGAUGUUGAAAAGACACUUCAGGAGGGGAAUGAUAUUCUUAAUGAAGCCAACAAACUUGCAAAUGAAAUCAGCAUAGCUGUAGAGUAUGUAGAAGGUGUUGCAGAUAAGAUCCAGCCAAUGUCUGAUCAGCUAAAAGAUAAAAUAGAUGACUUAUCACAAGAAAUUCAUGACAGGAUGCUUCCAGAAAAGGUGUUGCAAGCUGAAAACCAUGCAGCCCAGCUGAAUGAAUCAUCUGCAGUACUGGAUGGAAUCCUUGCUGAAGCCAAAAACCUCUCUUUCAAUGCCACCCGUGCUUUCAGUGCUUAUACUAACAUCAAGGAUUACAUUGAUGAAGCUGAAAGAGUUGCCAAGGAAGCCAAAGCUCUUGCAAAUGAAGCUAUGCAAGCGACAUCUGGACCUCAAGGUUCACUGAAGGAUGGUGCCAGGAGUUCUCUUCAGAAAAGCUUCAGAGUCCUUAAUGAAGCCAAGAUGUUAGAAAAUGAUGCUAAAGAAAAGGGGGAUCAUCUGGACAGCAUGCAGAACAGGCUGGAAGAUGCUGAUGAGAAGAAUUCCAUUCUCCUGGGAGCUUUGAAUGAAACUUUAGGAAAGCUGUCAGCCAUUCCUAACGAUACAGCUAUAAAGGUACAGGCAGCCAAAGACAAAGCAAGACAAGCCAAUGAUACUGCAAAUGACGUCCUGGCCCAGAUUAAAGACCUCAAUCGGAAUCUCCUGGGGUUGAGAAACAACUACAGCAAACUUGAAGAUAAUCUGGCCAAAACAAAUGCAAUUGUGAAGGAUCCUAUUGAGAACAGUAAGAACUUUAUUGUUGCUGAUGCAGAUUCCAGUAUUAAAACCCUAGAAAAGGAAGCAGAUCGCCUGUUAGAUAAAAUCAAGCCAAUCAAAGAAUUUCAGGAUAACUUAGGGAAAAACAUUUCUCAGAUAAAAGAGCUAAUAAACCAAGCUCGGAAGCAAGCCAAUUCGAUCAAAGUGUCUGUGUCCUCUGGAGGCAAUUGUAUUCGCACAUACAGACCAGAAAUAAAGAAGGGAACAUACAACACCGUCGUUGUCAAUGUGAAGACUGUAGUUGCUGACAAUCUGCUUUUUUACCUUGGAAGUGCCAAGUUUACUGACUUCUUGGCCAUAGAGAUGCGCAAAGGCAAGGUGAGCUUCCUGUGGGAUGUGGGAUCUGGAGUUGGAAGGGUGGAGUAUCCAGAUCUGACCAUUGAUGAUGGGUUUUGGUACCGGAUUGAAGCCUCUAGAACUGGGAAAAAUGGCUCAAUAUCAGUGCGAGCUCUGGAUGGUCCUAAAGCCAGCAUCGUGCCAGCCACAUUCAGUGCUGUCUCUCCACCUGGAUAUACCAUUUUGGAUGUAGAUGUUAAUGCUGUACUGUUUGUUGGUGGUUUAACUGAAAAAAUUAAGAAGUCAGAUGCUGUAAGAGUCACCACCUUCACUGGCUGCAUGGGUGAAACCUUUCUAGACAGCAAACCCAUAGGACUCUGGAAUUUCAGGGAUAUCGAGGGCGACUGCAAAGGAUGUGCUGUCAGUCCACAGGUGGCAGAUGGUGAAGGGACAGUCCAGUUCGAUGGUGACAGCUAUGCCAUGGUGAGCCGCCCGAUUCGCUGGAACCCCAAUAUUUCCACAGUCAUGUUCAAAUUCAGGACCUUCUCAUCAAAUGCCCUGCUGAUGUAUCUUGCUACUGAUGACUUGAAGGAUUUCAUGAGUGUAGAACUCAGUGGUGGGCGUAUAAAAGUCAGCUAUGAUCUGGGUUCAGGUACAGCUUCGGUUACCAGCAACCAAAAUCAUAAUGAUGGCAAAUGGAAAUCUUUCACUCUGUCAAGAAUUCAAAAACAAGCCAACGUGUCAAUUGUAGACAUAGACACCAAUGAAGAAGAGACCAUAGCAGCAACUUCUUCAGGCAGCCACUUUGGACUCAACUUAAAAGCACAUGAGAAAAUAUAUUUUGGGGGAUUGCCCACCCUGAGAAAUCUAAGUAUGAAAGCAAGGCCUGAAGUGAACUUAGAGAAAUAUACAGGCUGCCUCAAAGACAUUGAAAUUUCAAGGACACCAUACAAUAUAUUGAGUAGUCCUGAUUUUGUUGGUCUAACCAAAGGAUGCACACUAGAGAACAUUUAUACAGUUAGCUUCUUCAAGCCAGGUUUUGUGGAACUGCAGCCUGUCUCCUUUGACACGGGCACAGAAAUCAAUCUCUCCUUCAGCACCAAAAAUGAGUCUGGGAUCAUCUUGUUUGGCACAAGUGGCACAAUUGUCCUGCCCAGGAGAAAGCGCAGACAGACAGGACAGGCCUACUAUGCAGUGUUCCUGAACAGAGGUCGACUAGAAGUGCAUAUCUCCACUGGGCUCCGGGAUCCCUACAGAAUCACCAUCAGACCAGAGGCUGGAGAGUUUCACGACGGCCGAGCACACUCCGUCCGGAUAGAACGAGCUAAAGGGAUGUUUACUGUUCAAGUUGAUGAAGACAAAGUCCAGACUCAGAGAUUGCCAUCAGACCAGCCUGUAUCUGUGAAGAGACUCUUUGUGGGAGGUACUUCUUCUCAGUUUCAGACUGCACCCCUCAGGAACAUACCACCAUUUCAAGGCUGUAUAUGGAAUCUUGUCAUUAAUGCCACCCCCAUGGACUUUGCUCAACCCGUGUCCUUUGAAAAUGCAGAUAUUGGCCGAUGUCCCACUCUAGAGCCAGAGGUUAGGCCACCUGUGGAUGAAGAUAAACCAGCUCAUGCAACAGUCCUGGUCCAACCUGAACCAGAUACUAAUGGAGAGAAAGUAGGGCCAAGGACGACUCCUGCUCCUUCUCCUCCAACACCAUCUCUAUCUUCAGCACUUGAUUCGCUUGCCACUGAACUGAAGAGUGCCAGCAUUACUUCUGCUUUUGACUCCAUGACGGAUUCCUGUGCUGCUGACACAGAACCAGCUAUUUUGGAAGGUGGCAAGCAGUUUGGUCUUUCAAGGAACAGCCACAUUGCAGUUGCAUUUGAUGACACCAAAGUGAAAAACAGACUUACAAUUGAGUUUGAAGUCCGAACAACAGCUGAUUCUGGCUUGCUGUUUUACAUGGCCCGCAUCAACCAUGCUGAUUUUGCAACAGUUCAGAUAAAGAAUGGUCUGCCUUACUUCAGUUAUGAUCUGGGGAGUGGAGACACCAACACAAUGAUUUCCAACAAAAUAAAUGAUGGCCAGUGGCAUAAGAUAAAAGUAAUUCGAACGAAGCAAGAAGGAAACCUUAUAGUAGAUGGUGUUUCAAACAGGACUGUUAGCCCCAAGAAGGCUGAUAUAUUGGAUGUUGUAGGAAUGCUGUAUGUUGGAGGGUUGCCCGUUAACUACACGACUAGAAGAAUUGGCCCGGUCAUCUAUAGCAUUGAUGGCUGUAUCAGGAAUUUUAAAAUGACAGAAUCACCUGUUGACCUGGAUAAUCCAACUUCCAGCUUCAGUGUUGGAAAAUGCUUUGUCACUGCACAGAAGGGAACAUACUUUGAUGGAACAGGCUUUGCCAAAACAGUUGGUGCAUACAGAGUGGGAACAGACCUGCUUGUGGAAUUUGAAUUCCGCACAGCGCGCAUGAAUGGUGUUCUUCUUGGAGUCAGCAGCCAGAAAAUGGAUGGGCUUGGCAUCGAAUUAGUAGGUGGAAAAGUGAUGUUUCACGUUGACAAUGGUGCAGGCAGAUUCUCUGCUGUCUAUGAGCCUGAUGCACCAGGCAGCUUGUGUGAUGGACAGUGGCACAAGGUUCUUGCAAACAAGAUCAAACACCGUUUGGAGCUGACUGUGGAUGACAGACAGGUGGAUAGUAUCAGCCCAAACAGGGCCUCAACCUCAGCAGACACUAAUGACCCUGUCUUUGUCGGAGGUUAUCCUGAUGGUGUGACCCAGUUUGGGCUGACUACUAAUAUCCGUUUUAAAGGAUGUAUUCGAUUUCUGAAGCUCACCAAGGGUACUGCGAACAGAUGGAGAAUUAAGUUUACCAUUUAG